AUGGACGACUACGUGUUCCAAUUUGACCAAACAAACCAUUGUUCCAACGUUUUCCCCCUACCUUCUUGUCCCCAAAAGAAGAUCAUCAGCCCCAAUCUCCCCUCCCACCUGCUGUUGAGCUUUGGAAAUUGGCGUCAUGAAUCAUCACCAUUAUUAUCUUUCGAUGAACUUGAUCGUAAACCUGGUGAAGUCAAAAAGAGGAAGAUUAUGCACAGAGAUGUUGAAAGACAAAGAAGGCAAGAAAUGGCCACUCUUCACGCUUCUCUACGGUCAUUACUCCCUGUAGAAUACCUCAAGGGAACGCGUUCAAUAUCAGAUCACAUGCACCAGGCGAUGAAUUAUAUCAAACAUCUUCAAAAAAAGAUCGAGGAGCUAAGUAACAAGAGAGAUGGGCAUAAAAAAUUGUGCAACCCUAGCUCUUACCACAUGGAAAAAACGGUGGAAAAUUCCGAAGCAGCAAAACAGGAUGUGGUGACAGUUAGACAGUGUUGGAUAGGAGUCGAGGUUGUCAUAAACACUGAACAUGAAGAAGGGCUUCCUCUUUCUAGAGUGCUCCAAGCUCUAGUCAGAGAAGGACUCAGAAUUGUCAAUUGCAAUUCAACUAAAGUGAAAGGAAGGUUAAUUCAUACCAUUGAAUCGGAGGUGAGCAAUGAUGGAAGGAAAAUGGACCAUUCUGAGCUACAACAAAAGCUAACAAGCUUAAGCUUAGCUAGAUUUUUGUCAUGA